CGCAAUGGACUAUCAGCUUCCGUUUUUACUUUUAUACACUGCCGUAUAUAGGAUAGAAAUAAUGGCCGUAACUUCUAAUUUUAUCCUCCGUAAACCGACUAAAAUGACAUUACAGCUUGUCGGACAUCUGUAAGUGGAGAUGAAGCCUUACACCGGCGUCGUUAGACCUAAAGUGAUGUCACUGCCAACUGAAGCUCCUUUGAUAAUACAAGACAUUACAGACGGGCGACCCGGUUAUCCUUCAAACUACAUGUCUAGUCCUCCAAUGUCUGGAUGUUCCACGGCUGCCGAAUCCAGGCUGAAUGUUUUCUCAGGAAGACAGAAAUACCCAUGCAGUCCGAGCGAUUCAAGGAAUCUAAAACCUCACGGUGUCAUCUCUAUUACUGAAGGGCCUCUGCUGCCAUUUUUAGUCCAAAAUCGCUCAGCAGUCACCAAACAUACCUUACAAAACAAUGUGCCUGACAGUGAUAUUUCUGGCCGUCAUUUCUUAUUUGAUAAACGAUGGAGAAAUGGAACUUACAUCACCAAUGGUGUUGAAGAUGAUGUUCUGAUGAACCAAAAUCCUACAAAUCCACUCUCUCAGGAGUUCCAUGUUUAUCGUUCUCAUAAUCUAACCAGAUUCGCCCACCGCAAAGAACUCUGCCCUCGCAACCCAAGACCACUUAUUUGCGGGUCUGAUUAUCUGACCUCAUUUCCAUCAGUUCUGUUACCAGCCACCACUCCAUCUGUCAGCGGACGACUCUGUUUAUUACAAAAUUAUAAAAACAGGAUGAAAAACAGAGCACGCAAUCUCUUCUCUGAUGGUGCUAACAACAAAACCUGUGGGCCGGUAAUUGUUUUUCAGCCCCGUCGUACCCUGAUCCACACCUGGGUGCCUCGGCCUCUUUUGUUCAGAGGCUCACAGAGAUUUCCUCUCUGGAAGCAGAGACAGUCCGGCAGGAGAGAAUGAAGAGGCUGAAAAAGAUCAAUAGGCAGGACUCUUAAUCGGAGUUCAUUAGCCAAAGAGGAAACACUUGACUCCUAAAAUCACAACUGUGCCAAGAUGGAGUAAAUAAAGUCGAGGAGGAAAAACUUGUGAGGUACAGAGUGUUGUAGAGCAGCCACUAUAUUACAGCUGAAAUAAAAUUAAAAUAAUGACUAUAGCAACAACCAGGUAAAUACUAUCAGGUAUUGUUGAAUUUAAAAUCAAAUUUACCUGAAAGUGAAUCGUGUAUUGGCCAAGAAUAACUGCCUUAACAUUGCCUUAAACUACAGUGAUGAUAAAAUUAUAGAAUUUAUAUACGUUUUCUUUGCAUAUAUGAAAAAAACUUUAUGCUUUGUUUAUUGCCUGGAUAUGGAUAUGAUCUUAUCCAAAAAACAUAUUUUUGUCAAUGAAACAAAUUGCUUGUCUAAAAGUUAAGAACUGCACUAUUAAAUAAUAUGAAACUCUAGGUGUAUUAUAUUUUUAAUUGAUAGUUUUGAUAGUCUUGUAUGUAUCAGCCAAUAGCAAUCACACACAAAUGGCUAGUGUAAGUUUUAGCUGAUAGCAUACUGUACAUUACAGAUAGAUCAGUAGUGUAAUGCAGGUGGGAGGCUGCAUCUUUGUGCAGGCUGUCCUGGAGAGCGUGGGAGAGCUCCAUUCUACACCAAAGUGUCUUUUGUUGAAAGGAAAAGGGCCAGGUUGAUUCGGUUCAAGACUACACUGGCACAUUCUGGGCAGAGAGAAGAGAGAUAAUGUCUUUUUGGCUUCACUACUUCAUUACAGGAACCACCUGCAAA